AUGAUGCACGCCGCUGUUGCUUAUUCUCACCAUCCAACUGGUUAUCCAUCAUUUCUAUCCUAUGCACCAACAGCACAACGUAAAUCUGAUUAUGGAAUGUCACUUCAUCAUCCACAUCAUUAUUUAAAUGAUUCAAUUGGUGCAAAUACUUCAUCAAGUAGUCCAUCAUCCAACAAUAGCUCUGCACAUUUAUUAUCCUAUAGUGGCUAUAGUACUGGCCUUGAUUUAUCAUCUCAUACAAAUAAUUUAAAACGUCCGCGAAGUGAUAUUGAUGAUGAUGAAAAUAAUAAUAUUAAUAAUCAUAAUGAGGAUAGUCAAACAUCAGCAUCACCAUCAACGUCUGUGUUAGGUGAUAUAACAUCAGCAACCAAUGGUCAAAAAAUGUAUCAACAUCUUAAACAUGAUUAUUCACAAAAUGAAUUAUGUCCAUCAUUACCAUUCAAAAAACGUGCACGAGCUGUUCCACCUGAACAAAAAGAUUCUGCUUAUUUUGAAAAGCGAGCUCGUAAUAAUGAAUCUGCAAAACGUUCACGAGAUGCUCGUCGCCAAAAAGAACAACAAACACAAGAUCGUUUGAAUUGUUUAGAACAUGAAAAUUCACGUCUAUUAAUGGAAAAUCAAGCACUUCGCUAUCAACUUUCUCAACUGCAUGCAUUGUGUGGUGUAUCAUCAAAACCAUUACAAUAA